UGUAGGUAGACUGGAGGUAAAAACAUGGGCAGCUGUCUGGAGAGGUGGAGUUUACCAGAGGAUCGUUGCUUGUAGAAUAAAGCCCAAAAGAUAAACAGACAAACUGCCGUCACUCAAGAUUUAUGUUAUAUUUUUGAUAAAAUACAAAAUCAGCCUGUUGUUAUUGACUUUGGUUAUUAGCUCAAGAAAGCUGUAGAGCAGACUGCAGUGCUGCUGUAGUAAGACCUGCAGCCGUGAUUUAAAGAUCAACUCCAGUGUUCUUGAGCUAUUAGACGAAAGUAACACAAAGCCUUUGAUGGCAUCAUUUUUGAAUAUAGGAAAUCAUAACAGUUUGCAUACCGUACUUUACAUAACUUUGCAUUAGCGUACAUCAGAGGAGUCGUUUGUUGGAAAAUAUGCACGCCAGAGAAGAUUAGACGAUCAAUACCACUCUCAUGUCUGUUUGUUAAAUAGAAAGCCAGCAGCUUAGCUCAGCACAAAGACAAAAAACAGCUAACGUGGCUCUGUCUGAAGCCUACAAGCAGUACCUUUUUAACUAAUUAACUUUUUAUAUGUCUGUUUAAUCUGCACAAACCAACAUAAAAAACAAUGUUGGACUUUUUAGUACUACACUGUGGUUUGUCUGUUUGUCUUGUUUUUACCUUGAGCUUGUCAGACAACCAGCAGAGACUUUUCCUACUUUCCAGGCAGCAGUUUCAUUUCAGAUCACUGUGAUGUAAAAAUCCUCUCAGGCAAUCCAUCACAGACAACAUUAAGUCACCUUUUUUUUAAUUAAUUAAUUAAUUAAGCCUAUUACAUGGAGUUUUUUUUACUGGUUAUGAAAUAGUCUCAGUUUAAUACUGAUGCCUCUAUGUGACCUACAAGCACACGAGACCAUCAGCGAGAAGAUUUGCUAUUUCUAUAUAGUUAUUCUUAAUGUCUGUCACCAGGUCAGAUUUAAACAAUAGCCAGAAACAAUACUGCUUAUGUCCACAGGGGCCGCCAGAAUCAACACAAAGUGCUUGUUGUUGCUUUAAUUUCUUUCUUUCCUUUAUGUAAACGUUAAUGGCUGCAUUUAUAUAUCGCUUUACAGGAUUUAGCUACAUUUGUCAUGAGUAUUUACACACUCACACACUGCUAGGUGCUGACCAUCAGAGCAAUCUGGGGUUCAGUGUCUUUCCCGAGGACACAUGUAGACAGCUGGGGAUCUAACCACCAACCCUGUGAUCGGUGGAUGACCCACUGACUGUCUCGUCUCUUCGUGGACGCCCAGACAGUUCUGUCCUACAGUGGAAACCAGAGAUUCUCGGGCUUUCAGGACCUGAUGGAGAGUGUCCGAAGGCUGGGAGAGAGACCUGGAGCCUGGCCAAAUCUCCCAGUACAAGAAUACCUGAGAGCCAAUGAGACGUUCUCCACCUUCCUCCUGACCAAUAGCACCCUGUCGCCUGUGACGGUGGACCAGCUGCUGAAGGCUCGUCUCAAUUUUCAGGUUUCUCUGGCUGGAGCUGAAUUGCAGCUGAAGGACUUGGUGUGUAACGCGAGCAUGCUGGGACAAUUUCUGACGGUGGACGGAGGAGAAGCCACCAUGAACGAUCUUCAGACUCAGCUGUGUAACCAGUCGGCCGACAUCCUGCAGGAGGCUGAACGCCUUUUCCUCUCUCAGCUCGACUUUACCAAGUUCUUCACGAGAGACCGUCUGAUGGCUAACGCUGGAGAUCUCAGGGACAUCAGUCAGGCCGUCACCUCAGUUUCCCAGGAGCUGGCUGUCCUCAUUGAUGAUUUCUCAUCUCUGUCCAGCUUUGCGGACAUGAGCGCAGCUCUACAUCUUCUGUCUCCGGAGAAUCGCUCUGCGCUGCCCAAAGAGAGUUUUCGUGCUUUUUCCAGGAUCAUGUGCGGUCACCCUGAGGUUGGCGGUGAGCGUAUCCCAUCACUCAACUGGUAUGAGGACAAUGACAUCAAGUCCUUCUUAGGAAAUAAUGGUACUGAAGACACAGACCCGGACCGUGACAACAACACCACUCCGUUCUGUAAAAGUUUGAUCCAAGGUCUGGAGUCCAACCCUCUGUCUCGCAUUGUGUGGCGAGGAAUAAAACCUCUGUUCAUUGGAAAACUGCUGUACACACCAGACACUCCUGCAGUGCAGCAAGUCAUGAAAGAGGUGAACAAGACUUUUGAGGACCUGCGGAUCCUCCGGGAGCUGAAUGAAGCCUGGCUGGAGGUGGGACCGCAGAUCAAGAAUUAUAUGGAGAACAGUGUGGAGAUUCAGCUGCUGAAGGAUUUGUUGAGGCGGCCUGAGGUGGCAGUAUUAGUCAACCUGCGUCUGGAGAACACGUCCUGGACGGCCUCACGUAUCGCACGUUUCCUGUCCACACCUUCGCCAGACGCCCCAAGGAAGCCUGGAGCGCCGCCGACCUGGCUGGACAUCUACAACGACCUCAGCCACACCAUCACCACUCUCGCUGAAGUCACAGAGUGUUUCUCCCUAAACAAGCUGGAGGGGUUGGAGACUGAGGGCCAGAUGAUCGACAGGGCUUUGGAGCUCCUGGAGGACAGGCAGUUUUGGGCAGGUGUGGUUUUCCUUCUGCCUAACUCCUCAUCCCCUGACCUGCCGCCGCACAUCACCUACAAAAUCCGAAUGGACAUUGACGAUGUGACCCGAACCAACAAGAUCAAGGACAGGUUCUGGGAUCCUGGUCCAGCAGCCGACCCAUUUAAUGACAUGCGUUACAUCUGGGGCGGCUUCGUGUACGUCCAGGACCUGGUGGAGAGAGCUGUGAGCCACGUCCUGACCGGAGUUAAACAAACAACCGGCAUCUACAUCCAGCAGAUGCCCUACCCCUGCUACGUAGAUGAUGUUUUCCUUCGAGUGCUGAAUCGCUCUCUGCCACUCUUCAUGACGCUGGCCUGGAUCUACUCGGUGGCCAUGAUCAUCAAAGGCGUGGUGUACGAGAAGGAGGCGAGGCUGAAGGAAACCAUGAGGAUUAUGGGUUUGGGAACAGGAACGCUGUGGCUCAGCUGGUUCAUCAGCAGCAUUGUUCCUUUCCUGGUCUCUGCUGGACUCCUCAUUGCUCUACUCAAGUGGGGGGACAUCUUGCCAUACAGCAACCCCUCUGUUGUAUUUUUCUUCCUGACGGCGUUUGCCACCGCCACCAUCAUGCAGUGUUUCCUCAUCAGCACCUUCUUCUCCAAGGCCAACCUGGCAUCUGCAUGUGGGGGGCUCAUAUACUUUGGCCUCUACCUGCCCUACGUGCUGUGUGUGGCCUGGAGAGACCGCCUCAACACCAAACACAGGGUUUUCGCUAGUUUCCUCUCCCCGGUGGCCUUUGGCUUUGGCUGUGAGUAUUUCUCUCAGUAUGAAGAGCAAGGUGUGGGCAUCCAGUGGAACAACCUCCACUCCAGCCCCGUAGAAGGAGACACAUACAACUUCACUACCUCUAUCGUCAUGCUUUAUGUGGACGCCUUCAUCUACGCUGUCUCAGCCUGGUACAUCGAAGCAGUGUUUCCUGGUGAAUAUGGGAUCCCCAGGCCCUGGUACUUCAUCUUCCAACUGAACUUCUGGAGUGGUAUUCCCCUGGAGGCAGGCAUACCAAUCCCCCCAGUGCCUACAGAAGAGGAUGAAGAUCACAUUGAACCAGAACCCACUAACCUGACCCUGGGCGUGAGCAUCAUAAACCUGGUGAAAAUCUACAAGAAGGGAGCCAAACUGGCCAUCAAUCACCUCAACCUCAAGUUCUACGAGGGGCAGAUCACCUCUUUCCUCGGCCACAAUGGAGCUGGCAAAACCACAACCAUAUCGGUCCUGACUGGCCUAUUUCCACCCACUUCGGGCACUGUAUAUAUAAAGGGGAUGGACAUCCGCUAUGACAUGGACAUCAUCCGGAGGACGCUGGGAGUUUGUCCACAACACAAUGUCCUGUUUGACAUACUAACAGUGGAGGAGCAUGUGUGGUUUUAUGGGUGUCUGAAAGGUUUGUCUGAAGAAGAGGUGAAAGCUGAGAUGGACACUCUCCUGGACGACGUGGGGCUGCUGCACAAACGACACGAACAGACCAAAAACCUCUCUGGUGGCAUGCAGAGGAAGCUGUCUGUGGCAAUAGCGUUUGUUGGAGGCUCUAAAGUGGUUGUUCUGGAUGAACCUACAGCCGGGGUUGAUCCUUACUCCCGCAGAGGGAUCUGGGAUCUGCUGCUCAAAUACCGCAAAGACCGGACCAUCAUCCUGUCCACCCACUACAUGGACGAGGCGGAGCUGCUAGGUGACCGGAUCGCCAUCAUCUCCCAGGGGAAGCUGUGCUGCUGUGGCUCGCCGCUCUUCCUGAAAUCCAACCUUGGAUCUGGCUACUACCUCACUGUGGUGAAGAGGGAGGGACUGGACACCAGCACUCCCAGCAGUACCAGUAUCUGCACCAGUACCAGCAUCAGUACCAACAAGCUGCCUCCUCUCAAGGACAGUGAGUCAUCCAUGAGUGAAGACACCGGGCUGGGAAGUGAGGAGAGCAGCUCAUACCUGGCAGCGUUGCUCUCCCUGGCACAGCUUUACAUCCCGGGUGCGAGGUUGGUGGAGGAUUCAGGGCGCGAGGCGGUGGUCAACCUGCCUCAGACGGCUGCCAAGGACAGCAGCCUCGGCAUCUUCCUGUCCGAACUGGACCAGAAGCUGCCCGAGCUGGGCAUCAGCAGCUACGGACUGUCAGACAGCACACUGGAGGAGAUCUUCUUACGAGUGGCGGAGGAAACCGGCGUGGACGUUGAACCAGAGCAGCAGGUUGAAUCUCCUCACAGGCAACAGCCAUCCGCUGGUCCGAGGGCAGAAACACAACACACUGAAGAACCAGAGACAGGAAGGAAAAGGCUUCGUAAGCAAGAACCUCGGGAGACAGACCUGCUGAGUGGAGAUGGACGAGGUGGGGUCCCCCUGACCGGCUGGUGGCUGACCUGGCAGCAGCUGAGGGCUCUCUUCAUCAAACGCUGGCUUUACGCUCGAAGGAGCCGCCGGGGUUUCUUCGCUCAGAUUGUCCUGCCUGCUGUGUUCGUGCUGGUCGCUCUGCUCUUCAGCCUCAUCGUGCCUCCGUUUGGGAAGUAUCCCGCGCUGCAGCUGCAGCCCUGGAUGUACGGAGAACAGUACACCUUCUUCAGCAACGAUGCACCUGGGAACCCGGCCAUGGAGAACCUGCUGGAAGCUCUGCUGGAUCAGCCAGGUUUUGGUACCAAGUGCAUUGAGAAAGAGGAUGAAGACAACAGCACGAGUCCUCAGUGUGAAAGCGAUCGGGGUGGCCUGUUCAUGCGGCCACAGGUCUCCUACUCCACCUGGCAAAUGUUCAAAAGAGGCAACUGGAGCAUAGACAGUCCCUCCCCUGAUUGUCAGUGUAGCACAGAGGAUGUCCGCCGGAUGCUCCCCGACUGCCCGCAGGGUGCCGGUGGACUGCCGCCUCCACAGAUUAAAAGGCUGACUGGAGACAUCCUCCAAAAUCUGACAAGUUAUAACAUCUCUGAUUACCUGAUAAAAACCUACUCUCAGAUCCUCAAGAAAAGCCUAAAAACCAAAAAGUGGGUGAAUGAAUUCAGAUAUGGAGGUUUCUCCCUCGGGGGCAGAGCCACCCAGACUUUAUCUCAGGCCGACCAUGUCCAUGAUUCGAUCUUUGCUAUCAGGACUCGUUAUCGAAUUCCACAGAACAGCUCACUGGAUCAUCUGCUGAACAGACUGCCGGAUUUUCUAGGAGGACUGAACAGUCAGGACAAUGUCAAGGUUUGGUACAAUAACAAAGGGUGGCAUGCCAUGGUGUCAUUUGUCAACGUGAUGAACAACGGCCUGCUGAGAGCGAGUCUGCCACCAGGUCCAGAGAGGAGAAUACACGGCAUCACUGCCUACAACCACCCACUCAACCUUACCAAGGAACAGCUCAGUGAAAUGGCCAUGAUGACCACAUCAGUGGAUGUUCUGGUUUCCAUCUGCGUGAUCUUUGCCAUGUCUUUUGUGCCAGCCAGCUUCGUCCUUUUUCUGAUUGAGGAGCGAGUGAGCAAAGCCAAACACCUUCAGUUUGUCAGCGGAGUCAAACCGAUCCUCUACUGGUUGGCCAACUUCACCUGGGACAUGUUGAACUACACCGUCCCGGCCACCAUGGUGGUGCUGAUCUUCAUCUGUUUCCAGCAGCAGUCGUACGUCUCGGAGACCAACCUGCCGGCUCUCAUCCUGCUGCUCCUGCUCUAUGGGUGGUCCAUCACCCCUUUAAUGUACCCAGCAUCCUUUGUGUUCAGCGUCCCCAGCACAGCUUAUGUCGUUCUGACCUCCAUCAACCUCUUCAUCGGCAUCAACGGCAGCAUCGCCACCUUCGUCCUGGAGCUGUUUGUAGACGAGCAUCUGAACGAGGUGAACAGGAUUCUGAAGAAGGUGUUUCUCAUCUUCCCUCAUUUCUGCCUGGGACGAGGACUCAUCGACAUGGCCAAAAACCAGGCCAUGGCCGACGCUUUCCAGAGACUGGGCACAAAACAGACUCUGGACCCUCUUCAGUGGGACUUUGUUGGGAAGAACCUGUUUGCGAUGGCGGCUGAAGGUGUUAUCUUCUUCAUCUUCACCAUACUGCUGCAGUACAAGUUCUUUAUUCGCUUCAGGCCGUGGUGGGUCGAGGCUGAGAUGCCUCCUCUGGGUCCAGAGGAUGAGGACGUUGCCAGGGAGAGAGAGAGGGUCAUAAAUGGCAAAGCUCAAUCGGACAUCCUCACCGUGAUCAACCUGAGCAAGGUUUAUAAAGCGGGCAGGAAGCCGGCAGUGGAUCGUCUCUGCCUCGGGAUUCCUCGUGGUGAGUGUUUCGGCCUGCUGGGGGUGAACGGAGCGGGGAAGACCUCAACCUUUCGCAUGCUGACUGGAGACACAGCGAUCACCUACGGAGAUGCUUUCCUUAAUCACCACAGUGUGCUGACAGAGAUGGAGCGAGUCCACCAGCUGAUGGGAUACUGUCCACAGUUUGACGCCAUCAGCGACCUGUUGACGGGUCGAGAACAUCUGGAGCUGUACGCCCGCCUGCGGGGGGUUCAAGAGGAGUCCGUUGCCAGGGUGGCGCAGUGGGGGGUGAAGAAGCUGGGACUGACCCAGUAUGCUGAGCGGGAGGCAGGAGGCUACAGCGGAGGCAACAAAAGAAAACUCUCCACUGCCAUCUCCCUCAUCGGCGCUCCGCCGGUUAUAUUCCUGGAUGAGCCCACCACCGGCAUGGACCCGAAAGCCAAAAGGUUUCUGUGGAACUGCAUCCUCAGUGUCACCAAAGAGGGACGAGCUGUAGUUCUCACCUCCCACAGUAUGGAGGAAUGUGAGGCUCUCUGCACCCGAAUGGCCAUCAUGGUCAACGGCAGAUUCCAGUGUCUUGGCUCUGUACAGCACCUGAAGAACAGGUUUGGUGAUGGUUACACCAUCGUCCUCCGUCUGGUGGACAGUAAAUCCAGCCCAGACUCGUGCCCCAUCAGCACCUAUAUGAAGAGCUCUUUUCCCAGCGUGGAGCUGAAGGAGCGCCACCAGAACGUGCUGCAGUACCAGCUGCCCUCACACGCCUGCUGCCUGGCACGGGUCUUUGAAGUGCUGGCAAACAACCAUGAGGAGCUGGGCAUCAUCGACUUCUCUGUUUCACAGACCACUCUGGACCAGGUGUUUGUCAACUUUGCCAAGGAGCAGACUGACGACGACGACUGCCUCACAGCGGUGGUCACCGACAGAACAUCACAGACCAACCUGACUGCACUGACCACCAGGAUUAAUCCUCCCGCCAUCCAACCGCAGCCGCCAGUCACACCCCCUCAGCCAAACAAGCCUCCACAGCAGCAGGGGAAAACAUCUGACCGCAAACCGAAAGAGGGUAAAGCAAAAAAGGCAAAAGCAAGCACGGUCAAAUCUAAAGAUAACAGAGCUAAUGGAGAAAAAAGCAGUAGUACGGCAAUGACCAGAAUACCUCAGGCAGACGAGACGAAUCGGGCAAGCUGGAAGGGCAGCAGUGGGUCUAACAGCAGUGGCGGUGGAGGUCUGGGAGAAUCCAGUAAAUCCACUAGGUCCAAACACAAAGCGCAGAGCUCCAGUAAAGAUCCAUCUGCACUAUUUAUGGUCGACCGCAACACACAGGACAGCACACUGUGAAGUGGACCAGUGCAACACAAGUUGAAAGGACCAACUACAGUCAAAAUCUCUUCAUUAAUCACGUUAGGUUCAUCCGAAUGUUGCUCAACGGUUGGCAGCGACCUCGAUAUGCAACUUGGAACAGUGGAUAGUGGAAAAACAUGGUGAAACUGACAUCAAAGUUCAAUAAUUCAAGACCCUUAUUUGUUCACAGAGGGGCAAAUGAGAAACAGCCAUUAAAUUUCUAAUCGUAAAUCUAUCUGAAGAAAGAACCAAAAGUUAUUGCUUCCUAAUACGGCUCUGGUGCCUUGUUCCCCUCGUCAACAGAUCUGUAGCUUUAUCUUACACUGUGUCUUCUCUUUAUGCAUCAAUCUCAUCACUCCAAAGUCAUGGUUUAUCUAUCCUGAAAGAAUAUAAUGCAAAGCUCAAUGUAAAAAACAAGGGGUGGCGUUCCUCAGGGCUCAAUCAUUGGACCCCUCACAAUCUUUAUCUUGCAGAAAGCACUUUAAAAAAAAUGCUGCAAACAUUCAAACAGUAGCUGGAGUACAUGUGUUACAUGUAAUUAUUAAGAUAAUUUUAUAUAUCAAAAAGCAUUUGAGGGGUUGUUUAUAAACACAGUACAUUAUCUCUUAUGUGGAGAGAAUUCUUACUGCGAGUUCAUUUUUAAAUACCUCUUAAAUGUUUCAUGAUGAACUUUACAAGUGUUAUUGUUUUGUAAAUCAAGAAUUUAUUGUCUUUUAUCUGUCAAAAAGGUUUUUGUUUUGUUUUGUUUUGUUAUUUAUUUUGUGUGUGUUGUCAUUGUGUAGCAGUGUCACUGUCCAAUCGAAGGGUAUCACAUAUGGUGAGGAAAAAAAUAUUUUGCCUGGUAUUUACUACUUAUUUAGUCAUUUUGGUUAUUUAAUAAUAAUAAUUAAUGAAGUCCUGUUUUAGUUUUUUAGCUCUUGAAAGCUUCCAGACACAUAGGUGUUACAAAUUAUUCUACAUUACACCAAACAGUUCAAAUUCAAUCAAAACAAUUACAGCAGAUUAAAGAAUAAACAUUAGCGUUCAGUCUGUACACACCAGACGCAACAACAAUGCCUUCAGUCUGUGGGUGAUUUUUUUAUUUUAUUAAUUUAUUUUCAUAAACUCUGUAUUUCUUUUUUUUUUUUCUAUAAAAAAAAUGACACAGCUGACUGAAUGUAUAAAGCAGGUUGUUAUUGCACUGUAAUGCAGUGUUCAAAAGAGUAAUAGUAUCUAUAGGCAUGAGACAAACAACAGUAUCAGAAGAGUUUAAUUCCAAAAUGAAAACCGUUAUAACAUUAAACAUUCAUUUAAAUGGUGGAUUUCUCAUUUUGGAAAAAAAGUCUAUAUUACUGAAUGUACUUUUAUUAUGCUUGAAAAGUUCUACUUGAACAUUAAUUUACCUGUGCAUCUACUAUAAGAUGUGUAUAUAUAUAUAUAUUAUAUACUGAAAAUAUGCUAGUGUAGACAAAAAAAAAACGGGUAUAUGUCUGUUGUGAAUGUUUCGUCCUGAAGGAAAAUAAAACGAUAUGGUUUCCUGUAUCAUUUCUAAAAACA